AUGACUACAACUACUGCUGCCCAUGAAAAGACCAUGUCCUCCGAGCAGGUAGACCUGGCAAACUCUGUCGCCAGCGUGGACGCCGGCAAACAAGGCAGGGCAAUCGAGCUCGAAAAUGCCGGCGUCGGAAACCCUCUUCAUGAGGAGAAGAGGAUCCGACGCAAAGUCGACCGCCGACUUCUACCUGUGUGCGGCGCCCUCUACGCCGUCUCUCUCAUCGACCGCCUCAACCUCCCCAAUGCUCGACUUGCCGGCAUGGACGAAGCCCUGGGCAUCUCGAUCGGCAACCGCUACUCCAUCAUCACCAUGGUCUUCUUCAUCGGCUACAUCCUCUUUGACUUCCCCGCCAACUUUGUCAUGAGGAGAACCGGCGCCGCCACGUUUCUCGGCACGAUCGGGUUCUUCUGGGGCAUCCUCACCAUUGCUAUGGGCUUUUGCAAAACCUGGGGAGAGCUUUUGCUCUGCCGCAUCAUCUUUGGGGCCCUCGAGGGUGGUCUUUUCCCCGGCAUCAUUUACCUGUUGAGUUGCUGGUACAUCCGCCACGAGGUCCAGGUGCGAUUCAGCAGCUUCUACGGGUUUGGCAUGCUGAUAUCGGGAUUGUCAAAUCUCAUCGCCUAUGGCUUGUCCAAGGCGGACGGACUCGGCGGCCUUGAGGGAUGGUCUUGGAUUUUCAUCUUUGAGGGAAUUGCUACGUGCGUAGUCGCUGCGGUUGUACUGAUCUUCCUCUUGGAUUUCCCGGACCAAGCGGCGCGCCCGAGGAAGCUGGGUUUCAUGUCUUUCCUCACUCCAUCAGAGGUCACCGUCAUCCUCGACCGAAUUGAGGUCGACCGAGGAGAUGCCACUCCUGAGAAGUUCACCGUCAAAUCCGUUCUGGGACAUUUGAAAGACUGGAAAAUCUGGGAUUGUUGUCUCCUUCUUCUCUGCAAUAACACUGUGGCGUACUCUUUCGCAUACUUCCUCCCUCUCAUUCUUCACGGUGAAAUGGGGUUCUCGAUCUACAAGACUUAUGUCCUCAUAUUCCCGCCAUACGUUCUUGCCGCUAUUUGGAUGUUUACCACGGCGUACAUUGGCGACCGCUUCAUGAUUCGUGGUCCAAUCAUUGUCGGAAAUGCCCUAUUGACCAUCAUUGGGGUUGUCAUGAUGGGUUAUGCCAAAACCAGCGCCGUUCGCUACGUCGGCGUGUUCCUAGGCCUGGCACCGUACAACGCCAGCAUCCCCUGCAUCUUCAGCUAUCAGCACAACAACAUCAUCGGCCAGGCUAAACGCGCCAUCGGUGCGGCUGUGAUGAUUGCAGGCGCCGGCGUCGGCGGCAUCAUUGCCAGUAAUGCCUUCCAGCAGAAAGACGCCCCGGGAUAUCGACCUGGUCUCGAUACUGUCAUCGCCGUGCAGGCGUUGACCGUGGUGAUUGUCUGCAAGAACUUCUUUAUUUUCACGCGGGCGAAUCGCAAGGCUGAUCGUGGGGAGAUUGUCAUCGAGGGCAGAGAAGGCUUCAGGUAUACCUUGUGA